AUGGAUGUAUUCCUGCACGGCAGUCGCACUGGCGAGCCUAAUUAUUUUGCGAUAGAUCCAAAGUCACGCCCAACGCUGGUGUGGAUUCAUGGCGGCGGCUGGGUCGCUGGGGACAAAGCCAGUGAGACCUCACAGCUGAUACCCUACCUGCAGAAAGGUUGGAAUGUUUACAACCUUAACUAUCGUCAGGGUCAAGGAACUGCGCCUCAGGCCGUUGACGAUGUGAUGUGUGCGUACAAGACUAUAGUCACUCAACUCGAACAGGCAGGUAAUACAGAUGCGCCAAUAGUUGUUUCCGGCGCAAGCGCCGGUGGGCAUCUGGCAUUGGUUGUGGGUUUACUCAACAGCACGGGCAAACACCCUUGUCAGAGCAAACGCAAACCUGCCGCGGUAGUAAACUGGUUCGGCAUAACCGAUAUCGAAAUGGUUGACGAGUACCUCAACCAGAACCGCCCUGAGCAAAACUAUGCGCGUAGCUGGGCAGGCUCAGUUGCCAAAAUAGCCGAGGUUUCGGCCGCUUAUUCGCCUAUGUACCUGAUAUCUGACAAUGCCCCGCCUGUCAUUACCAUUCAUGGCGACAAAGAUACUGUGGUACCUUUCGAUCAGGCCGAGUCUUUGCACGCCAGCCUGACUACGCCUAAUUCGCUGCAGACAUUAACUGGCGGCAAUCACAGCGGCUUCACUGACAAGCAAUAUAAAGAUGCUUACGUCGCAAUUUUCGAAUUCCUGGAUAUCCACGUUGAUAAUUUUGUGCUGCUCGAUCAGCGAGGUGAUGCCCACGAACUGUUCUAUCAUCGCAGCUCACCCGCAGUGGUCAUUAUGACCUAUGCGCAAAGUUGCAAAGCGGUGACAGAUGCCAUCCCGGCUUUCCAGGCGCUGAAGCAAAAAUAUGAUGGCCAGGCCACAUUCUGGCUGCUGAACAGCGACACCAGCAUGGACCGCAAACAACUUGCACAACAGGCUGAGGCUGCGGGUAUUGAUCUGCCCAUUCUGCAGGACGACACCCUACUCAUCAGCGAAUCACUAAAAGCCCAACAAGCAGGUGAAGUUUUUGUUCUCGACCCGCGCACCUGGCAGAUAACUUAUCGUGGCCCCAUAACUUCUGCAGGAGAAACAUCGGAAACAAUUGCAGCAUUGAUUGCAGGUCAAUCACCGGCCGGCAAAAACAGAUCGGUUGAAGGAUGCGAGAUCUCCUAUCCCCGACAAACACAAACUCAACAAAUCAGUUACGCCGAUACUAUCGCCCCAUUACUGCAACAGAAAUGUGUGGUCUGCCAUACCGAGGGCGGUUUAGGCCCCUGGCCGAUGAACAGCUACACGAUGAUUCAGGGGUUUGCACCGAUGAUUCGCGAAGUUGUGCGCACCAAACGGAUGCCGCCCUGGCACGCGGACCCGCACAUUGGGCAGUGGAAAAACGAUAUUUCUCUGACCACCGAAGAAACUCAGCAGCUGAUCCAUUGGAUUGAAGCGGGCGCACCCAGAGGCAGCGGUAGUGACCCGCUGGCGACUGACACCAUUGAUCAGGUGGAAUGGCCUUUAGGAGAGCCCGACCUCAUCCUCGACAUCCCCGCCUAUACCGUGCCCGUCAGCGGCGAGGUCGACUACCAGUUUCCUACGGUGAAAAAUCCCCUGGAUACCGGCGUGUGGGUAAAAGCCGCCACAGUGGUCCCCGGCGAACGCGAAGUGGUACAUCACAUUCUUGCAGGCACCCAGGACGGCGACACCACAGACCUGCGGCGCACCAGCGGGGUUUUCGACAACUAUCUGAUUGGUUACGCACCUGGCAACGAGUCACAUGAAUUCCCUGAAGGUACCGGCGUUUACAUACCACCAGGCGGCGAAUUUCUGUUUCAGAUGCAUUACACCCCGAUCGGCAGGGAGGUCGUCGAUAAAUCAAGAAUUGGUUUGUAUCUGCACCGAGAGGUGCCGGAAAACUAUUUCCGUCAGGAUGUUGUGGUUAACCCCAUGAUCAAAAUACCGCCUAACACAGCACGCCACACAGAGGUCGCUUACUACGCUUUUGAUAAACCGGCGACACUGCACAACCUGGUACCCCAUGCACACUAUCGUGGGGUGGCGUCACGAUUUGAAUUGUGGAAACCCGAUGGCGAAAAAGAAAUUAUCCUCAAUGUCCCCAACUAUGAUUUCAACUGGCAGCGGACUUAUGAGUUUGUAGUACCAAAACACAUCGAAGCCGGCACACGUUUAGUGCACACCACCUGGUAUGACAACUCCGCAGCUAAUCCAGCCAACCCCGAUGCCAGUCGCGAAGUCCCAUGGGGCCUGCAAUCCUGGGAUGAAAUGUUGUACGGCGCGUUCAGUUAUACAUGGGUAGAUGAAAGCACCGAAGCGCCUAUACACGACAAAAUGAUGGCGCGCACCAACCAGUAUGUUGGUUUUCUGGAUCAGAACAUUGACGGAAAAGUCAGCUGGCGCGAGUUGCCAAGACAGAUAAAGAAGCAGCUCGUUCAAGGCUUCAGCACCGUCGACACUAACGGAGACGGCGGCCUGGACUUGCAGGAAAUGCACAAGCUGACCGAACGACGCGCUGAGCAGCGUCGCGAGGAAGCUGAAGCAGAGGCCGCCAACCAGGCAGGUGCUCGCUGA